AGUGGCGAAUCGGCCAGGGGAAAAUAAGGGUCAGAGCUCGAUAAGACGAAGGCACAGUUUGCUGGCGCAGGUUGCGGCAGCGCAGCGGUUGCAGGUCCAUGGAGCAGUCUGCGGAGGCGGUCCACUUUUCUCUACUUGCUUUCCCGCAGAAAGAGCCGAGGUGGCCACCUGACCACCUCUCCGCCUCCGCAGGACUGGAAACUUGUUAGCUCCUGCGACCUGGCUUGGAAGUUACGUAGUUUUCCAUAGUGAAACGGUUGAGUGUUUCUUUAAAUCCCUAGGAAAAAACGGCUCUUGCUUCUGCGCAGCGGCUCGAGGGCAUCCCAGGUCGGAUCCACCUGUAACCCACGCCCCUGGCCAAGGAAGACACUGCCUGCUGGAAUUAAGAAUGGACGUCAAUACUGCUUUGCAAGAGGUGUUGAAGACCGCCCUGGUCCACAAUGGCCUAGCUCGAGGAAUUCACGAAGCUGCCAAAGCCUUAGGCAAGCGCCAGGCCCGUCUCUGUGUGCUUGCGUCCAAUUGUGAUAAGCCUAUGUACAUCAAGUUGGUGGAAACCCUUUGUGCCGAGCACCAAGUCAACCUAAUUAAGGUUGAUGACAACAAGAAACUAGGGGAAUGGGUAGGCCUCUGUAAAACUGAUCGAAAGGGGAAACCCCGCAAAGUGGUAGGUUGCAGCUGUGUGGUGCUGAAGGACUACGGUAAAGCAUCUCAGGCUAAAGAUGUCAUUGAAGAGUACCUCAAAUGCAAGAAAUGAACAACAGAAUUGGCUUGUUUUCUUUCAAGUUCCUAAAAAC